GAUGGUUGGAAACAAGAAAAUUUUAUUUUACAUGUUUUUGUUCCAAUUUGGUGUGGAGAUAUACCAGCAAUUAGCAAACUUACACAUCUUGUUGGACAUAAUGGAUAUAUGGAAUGUAGAUUUUGUGAUAUAAAAGGAGUAACUGAUACAAAUUCAGGUGUAAAUCAUGUAUAUUAUCCAUUAAACUAUCCUACAAAAAAAGGAGAACAAUCAUAUAAUAUAAAAAACCUUCCUCUACGUAAUCAUGAAUCUUAUUUAAAUAAG